UCUCGUCGAUCGCCAUCGGCACCAGACACCACAAAAUUAACCGAGCUCUUCUCCCAUCUCGUGCGGCGGGCCGACAUGUCCUCGGCUUCAGCUCCGCUGCUCGGUGCCUGCGAGCCUGCCGACGGCGAGGCGAAGCCCUGCUCGCCGGCGUGGCUACGCCGCUUGAUCGACACGGAGGAGGCAUGGGCGCAGCUGCGGUUCGCGGUGCCGAUGGUCCUGACCAACAUGUCCUACUACGGCAUCCCGCUGGUGUCCGUGAUGUUCUCCGGCCACCUCGGCGACGUCCACCUCGCCGGCGCCGCGCUCGGCAACUCCUGGGCCACCGUCACCGGUUACGCCUUCGUCGUACGUACUCUGCCUGCUACCACACUCUCAUGAUUUGUCGAACCUCGAUUAGAUCGCGUAUUAGUUGCACCUCUUCAGAUUUUGCGUGAUCGUUACAUCUCUCACUCGCCCGUUCGGGGAGAGAGUGGAGAGCGUGCGUGGACUUGAGGUGACAUAUGUGUGCUGGUUAAGCCGACACACAUUGCAAGCUUGAUGCGAGUGGCCAGGUCAGAAAUUAUCAACGCUCGUGCUAGAUGGCGUGUUGACCUUACGGCACCAUAUUUACUGGCGGGCUUCCAUCGAUUUCAUAUUAGCAAGCAGAAGGGCAUCUACAACGCUCACCCCUGAACCGAACACUCUGUUCGUUAGUGGAUAGGGAGAAUCACACGGAUGCGGAAGCCGACCAUCCAACAUUAUCCGCAUAUAGAGGCACUGCAUCCGACACGUAUUGAACCUACAUUUUGACCAUUUUGUCCUUCUAAUUGUUGGGCGCUUUCACCAUUAAUGAAUUGUUUUUGGACUGGAUUUCAGUUAACCGGAUGAUUUUUUAUCAAUCAUAACGGAAUUCAUCAAAAUUCAGAUAGAAAAUAGCCAAAUCAUCCGUAGCAUGCAAAUAUGUCUAUUACAACAAUAGUUAAAUUCAAUGAGAUUAAUCUUAUGUUCAACAAGUUUUUCAUGAAUAGAUCAAAUUCAAGAAUACUAGCCCGAGUCCCAAGUACCGACACAUGUUGUCCCACACAUACUGCCCCUUGAGUUUCAUCCAAUAAUACAUGUGCUUGAAUGGUCUGUCCUCUGACUUGUAGUACAUCACGACAACGCGUGUACGUUACGCAAUGUGUAGAGCAACAAUGAGUGAAAGAAUCAAUCAACAUAUAGAAUAAGAAGAAGCAAACUUACGAUCUCCAUGGUUGAUGCGCGCAAUGGCCGCAUUGCCUCCAUGCAACCAACCGCGCCACAAUACUUCAUGACGGAGCUCUGGAUGAUGUACCAUCCAUAUGCUAAGGACUUGACACUACGUUCCUAGAGGAUGGCGUGCAUGUCAUAGGGCACAAUGUGCUUUCGCGCAUGAAACGAAUCAUGCACCUGUUGCCAAAAAGACCCCCUUUUGCUCCUCCCUAUGAAGUCCACAGAUACAACCAACCAGGCAUCACACAACAACUCAUCCUCCUUCGCCGAGUACCCUGACAUCCUUCUUACUCUAAAAACGACAUGAAUUUCUAAAAUAAGCUCAAUGAUAUUUUACCAAACACCUGCCAGGCGUGGUGUCCGUCAUGGACAUCGUCGACAGGGGGGCAAAGGGUACCUGGCUGCGGACGAAUCCUGGGUGGACGGCGGGAGUUGAGGAUGUCCGACAAUGUCCGGGCGGCAACCGGAGAGGUACAACAGCGACAUCGGAGGAGAAGGGUGUGGAUGCAACACAAGGGGGAGUAGGGACGAAGUGGAAGAGAAUGGAACUGGGAGAGAGGGUUUGAGUGAGGCCGAGGGUGUUGGAGUCCUACGUGGCGGCGGUCGGGACUCCCGCAACCCCCUCCCCCCCACCCCCCAAUUUGCGAAAAAAGUACGCUCGGAGCGCCGAGCGGGCUGAUACAUGAGCAUGUGUUGGAUGACAAAAUAUGUCCGGACCGCAUGAUCCGAACGGGUGCCGGUGGUUUGACAGUCCGUGUUGGAGAUGCCCUAAGGACACUGUAGAAUGUUGUGUACACCAAAUAUGAGGAAUAAUUUCCUUUUUGAUGGAAGCAUGUUCUAAGAAAAGCAAGAUGGAGAUGCUUGUGAAACAGAAUAUCACGUCACAUAGGACAUAAAUUUCAAAUAAGUUUCAUUCACCACAGAAGCAAAUUCUCCAAUAAAGAAAAGUAUAAAUUAAUUUGUUGUCAAGGAAGCUAGCUGAUACACAAUAUUACUAACAAGGUGGAAUAACGAAUUAGUUGCAUUGGAUGGAAAAGUGGAAGCACGAAUUAGUUGCAUUGGAUGCAAACUUGAAUAAUGAUGGUCAAAUGUUUUGCUACGUAAGGGCAUCUUCAAUGUAUCCUUCCACGGAUUAGUCCACGCACAUGAAUGCCCACUAGUAGAAAAAGGUCAAAUGUGAGACACAUUAGUGCCGGUUUGCAUUUGAGCCGGCACUAAUG